AUGUGUUUGUGCAGGUGUGAGGAUGCCCUGCGUAAGAACAAGAGCCUGAUCGGGCCAGACCGGAAAGAAUACCAGAGGGAGCUGGAGAGGAACUACCACAGACUGAAGGAGGCGCUGCAGCCGCUGAUCAACAGGAAGAUCCCACAGCUCGACAAACCUGUGCUGCAGGUCAACGCGCACAGAGAUUCCUUCAGCAGACUGAGCCUUCGCAAACUCGAACUCUGA